AUGGCGAAAGGCGAUGACGCCCUCGCCGGGCGAGAAGAGCGAGGCAUCCAGAGCCACCGCUUCCCCCCCGAUCCCACCAACGACAGAAGAAUCAAGUUCCAGGGGCUAUACAUCUGUGUAUUCAACGAAGAAACGCAACAUCAGAAAACACUCGAGGAAAACGUUGGCGAAUAUCAGGACUUUGAAGUCCCCAAGGGCUACACCACCUACGUGAGAGGGGUUGACAUUGUCUGCUGGCUCGUCUAG